GAGAGGGCUUUUUGUUCAAUUAAGCCAGUGCUGACGUGUCGGCUCAUUCUCUAAAAUCUGAAAAUCCCCAAAUGCUUCGUGUUGUUUGAGUAGCAGAAAGCACCCUGUACACUCUGAAGUACACUUUCCAUUCUGUUAUUUUUUUUGUUAAUAAAUGAUACGUAAAACCCUAAGAAUCUUCAUAACCUCAAAGCUUUAAUUUUCUGACAAGCAUGCUAUCUCCAUCUCUGGACGCCUGCAAAUCUUUUAAACAUUUCCAAUUCCAACUCCAAUCCCUCGGGUGUAGCAGUGGAUGUAGAUUUUCAAUACGUAAACCCAAUUAUUGCUAUCCUUGCAUUUCCUGUAGUGAUAAAGGGACGAGGGACAGUGGAAGUAGAAAGUUCGAGAGUAGGGAGAGGGUGAAGGGGAAGGGGAAGGGAAAAGAUAAUGUGUGGAGUAUUGACAACGAAAUGGCAAAGACGGAGAAGGAAAGAGAUAAGCCGAGGAGCAGGAGGAGAAAAAGAGGUGGAAAGAGGAUGAGAAAUGUUACUAAGAAAAGGAUAUGUGAUAGAGUUAUGAUCUCUAGCGCUAUGUUAAUGGAAGUCGAAACUGUUUUACAAACUCAGGAACCUGUUAUCCUACCUGCAUGGAAUACAUUUACUAGUAGUGUCAGUGGGAUAUGGAAGGGAGUUGGAGCUGUUUUUUCUCCCAUCACAGCAGAGAUGGAACCUAUUGAGAUUGGCAACAAGAACGAACACCUCUUUGACUGCUAUACUCUUUCUCGUAUUGAUGUAGAGCCAUCUCCUUCAGUCAGUCAAAGAUCUAUAAUCCGAAGGAAAGUAAAUUGGGUAACAGUGAAUCCACGUGGUGAAGUUCCAGAACCAAAUGGUGGUGACUACAGAAGCUUAGAGAAGCCCACAGAUGAAGCAUUGUCAUUCCAUAUGCAUGAAACACCAGAUAGAAAAUUAAGAAAUUUGCCAAAGUUCGAAUCUUUUGACUUGGGAAAGACUGAUAUCAUGGAAGAAGACACUAUGGGAAUGGAACCUGGUCUUGUUUUCUUUGAGGAUGGAUCUUACUCAAGAGGCCCAGUUGAUAUCCCAGUUGGUGACUCUGUGGAGUCUAAGUAUUACCUCUCACCAACUUUUAAGUUUGAGCAAUGUUUGGUCAAAGGUUGUCACAAGAGACUUCGCAUGGUGCACACAAUAGAGUUCAGUAAUGGGGGUUCAGACAUCCAAAUAUUGAGGGUUGCUGUGUAUGAAGAGCAGUGGGUUGGUACUGCUAAUCUAGCUGACCAAAGUGACAUGGAGCUGGACGUGGAGCUCUUUUCUCAGAGACGAAGAGUCCAGCCAUCAGAGCUGACUGGAUCUUGGAAAGUGUUUGAGAUGAGUGCAACACCUAUCUACGGUGAGGACAACACAAUGGAAGCAACUCCUGGUGUUCCCUACGUUUACCUAUGCACGGAAAACCUGAAGAAGAGAAGCCUCCCAGAACAUCCAGUGUACUUUAGAGAAGAAGAAAUGUUAGACAUGCAGGAUGCAACAGUUCUUUGGCUACCAGGAGGCGUUACAAGUUAUGUUGAUGUGAACAAGGAUGGCACCCUAUGUAUAGGAGUUGGGUGGUAUUCAGAUGAAGGGGUGAACCUUGUCAUGGAAAGAGAUUAUGAAACGGAUGGCAAACUCAAAGAGGUUCGAUGGAAGUCUGAGGUGAAGAGACGAUGGACUAAUCCACCUCCCAUGGAGCAUGGGUGUGGGAAUUGGAAUGGGAGUCGAGUUGCAGUUUACGGUCAGCGGGUAAAAAGUCCUCACAGUUCAGGGACUUGGGUCGGUUAUUUCAGUUUGGAGCAUGGUAUCUUCUUUCGUCGGUCAUAUUGAGUGUGGUAGUUAGGAGUCAUGACCCGACUAUGUACAGACAAUACUAGUAGGCUUCAUAGACAGUAGUAGUGGUUGAUGUAUUUAGUCUCCUUCUUGUAUAUGUAUGUGUGUUAGUAGAAUUGUCAUUUUGUAAUUCCAAUUUUGUACUGAACAGAUUCUGUAUUGAGACAUUUUCAGCUUUA